AUGCUAUAAUUUAGAGGAUUCCUGAUUUAUGAUUUAAAGAGGUCUAUAUUCUUCUUUGAAAUGAGAAGAGACAUUGAACUAGACCCAAAAUGGUUUGCAUUUCAGAAAGAUGUUAGAAAAAAAUUAAAUGAAUAAGAUGUAUUAGAAGAUAAAGUUUUGGAAAUGAGCAAUGUAUAUGGAAAAAUAAGAGGAAAAUUUGAUGAUUUUUAAAGUAUUUGCAAUUCAGUAUAAAAAGAAAGGUUUCUGAUUCUGAUAACCUAAAAUUCGGUUGAGGAUAUUUAUUUAGCUGAAUUAUUAAAUGAGAUUUUCUCCAUUUUGAUAGUCUAAGAACAUUAUAUUAAAGUAUUUCAUUCCUAAUAUACAGUUCUUCAAAGAGGAGUUAGAAGCUUUGACAUUUUUUGAGGUUGAGAAAAUAAUUCAAAAAAAAGAAUAUUAUUUAAUCUAAAACUUUCAUUCAAUGCUUGCUCCUAAUCUCUUCUCAUAAAUUUCAGAUAAUCAGAAACUAUUAUUUUCGAAUGAUGUAGAAUUAUAAAUGGAAGUAUCCAAAUAAUCUGGUUAAUGUGCAAAAGAAUAGAUAAUUUUCAAAGGAUUUACAAUUUUUGAUACAUAAAGAUAAUGCUUUUAUAUGUUAAUUAAGAGAGGAUUUGAAAAUGACGACUUAUGGAAGAUGUAAAGAACAUAAAUUUAACAAUAUUUACUUAAAAGGUCAAAAGAUCCAUUGUAGCAUUUCUUUCUUAAUUAUGAAAUGGGUUAAUUCCUAUUCGAAUAUGAUAAUUAGGCAAGUAAAUAAUUGAUGUUAAAUUUAUAGAAAAUUAUUUUAUACUUCUGACUGAUUCUACAUCCUCUCAGCAUCCUUAAUAUUAAUUGCUAUCUAAAUUAAAAGCAUUGGUUUAAAAAAUUCCAAAUUAUUAAAAAGUAAUAGAAUUAAAAUAGCUAGCUAAACAAACCGCAAAUAGAAAAUCUUCUAAAAUCCAAUUUGGUAGAGGUGAUGGAAGCUGAGGAGAGAAUUUAUUACUAAAAAUACUAUCCUAAUUGGAUAGAAGAAGAAAAAAAAAUUAACCGAUAAAUAUUAAGAUAGAGAGGAAUGACUCAAAUUUCUUUUCAAGACUAAGGGACAAUGUAUAAUGAUGAGUUUUCAUUAACUGAUUAUGCAAGUUAACGAGUGAGAUUUGUGCAUGAUUUUUAUUAGUGA